ACAGUAUAUAUUCAACGAAAAAUAAAAUGAACAAAUUAUUGCUUGUUUUGUUAAUUACUUUUGUAAUCGCAACAAUAGCUAUUCAAUAUGGAAUGGCACAGGAUGAAGAAGAAUUUCAUGCCCGUAUGAAGCGUCAAUGGGGCUGGGGUGGACGCCCAUGGGGCUGGGGUGGUGGAUGGAGACGUCCAUGGGGCUGGGGAGGAUGGGGCGGCGGAUGGAGACGCCCAUGGGGAUGGGGCGGAGGAUGGGGAAGGCGCUAAACAUGUGCUCCUAACGAAGAAAUUUAUGAAAAAAUUUCAAAAAAUUAAAAAACGUGAUAAAAGUAAUUAUAAUAUAUUUAUUUUUGUAUUUUCAAAAUUAUCAAAAAAAUUUGCCUUAAAUUGGCAUA